AUGGCUCCGAGAAACAACCUUGACAAGCCUCUGACUCCAGUAACAGACGUCGAGCAGAACAUGACAAAGGUCGAAUCCCAGCCGACGACCCCGGAGUCGGUGGUGGAAGAGGGCAUCAUUGAGGACCUCGUCGCCCCCAGCUCGCUCAAGACGUUUCUCAAGAAACUAGCCUUGGCCGGCGUGGAAGUGCGAGGUCUCGAGCCAAUCCCCCCGGAGAAGAGAACCCACACUCGGUACUUCAACGUGCUUACGCUGUUUGGAGGCUCCUUCAUUUCCAUUCUGCCUCUGAGCAUCGGCACCACCCCAACGCUCGUCUUCGGCCUCUCAUUCAGCCACGCCGCGGCCAUGAUCGUGUCCAUGCAGCUGAUCAUGAUCAUGCCGACCCUGUACAUCCUGACGCUGGCCCCAAGGCUAGGGAUGAGGCAGUCGGUCCAAUUUCGCUAUGCUUUUGGAAAAUACCCAAACGCGCUCAUCUCCCUGAGCACCAUCGUCUCCAUCGGCAUCUUCGGCAUCCUCGCCGCCGUCGCGGGAGGCGAGUGCCUCGCGGCGGUCCGCCCCGGCACCCUGACCGUCGAGGGCGGCCUGAGCAUCAUCAUGGCUGUCGCCAUCGUCAUCGGCUUCUUCGGCUACCAGUGCCUGCACGCCAUCUGCCAGUACAUCUGGAUCCCGAACCUCAUCUGCAUCCUCAUCCUCGUCGGCUGCGCGGGCAAGGGGCUGGGCAACCAGGCCCCGCAGGCGGCCUCCUCGGGCAGCGCCAAGCCCUACCUCUCGACCGUCACCAUCGCCGCGUCCAACAUGGCCACCUGGGGCACCAUCAUCGGCGACUACACGUGCUACAUGCCGCCCCGCGCGCCGCGGAUGCGCCUCGUCGCGUACUGCCUGCUCGGGCUGUACGUGCCCUUCUCGCUCAUGAUGGUCCUCGGCGCGGCGCUGGGCGGCGCCGUCGCCGCCAACGAGGGCUGGCUCGCCGCGUACGGCCGCGGCAGCCUCGGCGGCGUGCUCGGCGAGAUCCUGACCGCGCGCGUCGGCGACUUUGGCCGCUUCGUGCUCGUCGUGCUCGGCUUCUCCAUCGUCACGACCUCGGCCCGGGACAUGUACAGCAUCUCGCUCUUCAUCGCGUCCUUCAUCCCCUGGCUGCACCGCAUCCCGCGCGUCCUGCUCCUGCUGUGUGUCGCGGGCGUCAUGAUCGGCGUCGGCGUCGCGGCCUCGCGGUCUUUCUUGCCCGCGCUCACGACGCUCGUCAGCAUCGCGGGCUACAUGACGGGGCCCACGGUCGGCGUGUACCUGGUCGAGUGGGCCGUCUUCCGCAAGGCGGACCCGUCGACCAUGGACCCGGCGAUCUGGAACGACUCCCGCGCGCUGCCGUCGGGCAUACCCGCCAUCAUCUGCGCUAUUGUUCCCUGGGCGCUGAUUGUGACUUCGAUGGCCACGCCCUGGUACACGGGGCCCAUCGCCAAGCACACGGGCGACCUGGCGUAUGAGCUCGGGGCGGUGAGUGCUGUACUUUUGUACCUACCGCUGCGAGCAGCCGAGAUCAGGCCCUCAAAUUCCAUCUACACAGUGUUCCUCGUCUAUACCCGCAACAUGUCCGAGGCUCAGCCUAACCUGCGUGCGCGAGUCGCUUGCAAGACCUGCAAUGCUCGUCGCGUUCGACAUAAGCGGCUUCGCUCAAAGAAGCACCAUACAGAGACUGCUUCCGAGACAUCGGAAGCGACGACAAUCGCCGUCCAGAGCACGGAGCUGCCGCCGGGCCCCCUGUCGCCAGAACGGACGGACACAGGACUGCGGCGCCAGCAAGCGUCGCCGCAGACCCGUCCGACGAGGAGGUACGUCAGCCCGUCGCUGCCAGACUUUGUCAUCCACAAGGAGCCCAGCGAUGGCAACCUCCCGGGCGGCGGCGGCGGCAAGGUCGUCUACAUGGGCGACUCGGGCAACAUGAAGUACGUGAUCCACGAGGUCGGCGACCCGUUCAAGAACUCGACGGCGCAGCACAAGCUCUGGGGCGACAACCUGCAGCGCUACAUGGUCGACCAGCUCGGCCCGCGCACGCAGGCGGCCCUCCGCGCCAUGCGGCUCGAGGACGAGCAGCACCUCCGCGGCCUCGGCGCGCUCCAGCCGCCGCCGCUGCUGCCGGAGAGGCGGGUCAGCGACGAGAUGGUCGCCGUCUUCUUCGGGGUGUCGUACCCGGCCUUCCCUGUCUUCAACCGCGCCGACUUUAUGGGCCUGUACGAGGCGCAGAGGCUGUCGCCGCUGGUGCUCAACGCCGUGUACUUUAUGGCCUGCAUCCACUGCCCGGAGCCUCUGCUGCGCAGUCUCGGCUUCACGUCGCGGUACCUGGCCUGCCUGACGUAUUAUCGGCGCGCAAAGGCGCUGAGCGAUGCCGACUACGACUCGGACGGCAUCGCCACUGUCCAGGCGCUCGUCCUCAUGCUGAACUGGUGGGGAGGCCCGAUGGACCAGAAGGAUACGUGGCACUGGCUUGGGUGUGCGGCCAACUUGGCGCAGGGCUUGGGAAUGCAUAGGACCAAAUCCUACUCAAGCUUGCCUCCUUCACAUCAGAGACUAUGGCGUCGGAUCUGGUGGGUGUUGUAUAUCAAUGACAUCCACUACGCAGCCGUGUACGGCCGGCCACCGCACAUCCACCGCGACUUCUGCGACAUUACCCCUCUCACCAAAGACGACUUCGUAGACUGCGGGUACGACGCCGAGCUCGGGGCCGAGACAGCAGAAGAGAGCAAGCUGUACAUGGUCCACCUCGCCGACCUGGCCUGCCGCGUCGGCAACUGCCUCUUUGCCAAGUUCUCGGCGGUGCAGGACCCGGCCACCGAGCAGCGGCGCUACCACGAGCUCGUCGACUUUGAAAAGACGCUCCCGCCCUCCUUCACCCGCCCAGCAUCUUCAGCAUCGGCAUCGGCAUCAGCAACGGCAAGCGCCCUCACCCCGGCGCCGGGCUUCUGGCCGUCGCUCGUGCAGCUCUACCACUGCGACUACCAAAUCAUCUUCCACCGGAUGCUGUCCGACGCCGCCGCCGCCGACGCCUCCUCCUCGUCGUCGCCGGACAGCGACGGGGCCACGUUCGUCGCCGCCGGCCGCAUCAGCCGCAUCCUCGAGGACCUGCUGGCGUCGGGCACGCUGUACCAGGCGCCCUUCAUGGUCCUCCCCGCCAUCUUCGCCUCGAUCCUCGUGCACAUCAUCCACAUCCGCAAGGGCAGCGCGCACAUGCAGGUCGUGGCCGAGCACCGCGCGCGCCUGGCCAUGCACAUCCUGGACAGGUUCCAGGACGCGUGGCCGCUCGCCAUCUGGACGCGGCACCUCCUGGACUGCCUGCUCAAGGGGUCUUCGUCGUCGUCCUCUGCCGCCGGUCCGGGAGGGGCGAGGGCGGCGAACGAGCCUGCGGAGCAACAGCAGCAGCAACAACAACAACAACAACAACAGUCUGGGGGCUCCCAGCUCUUUCCAGGCCACCGAGCAUAUCCGUCGGAUGACCAGGCCGGCAACAGGAUCUGGGCGCCAAGCUUUUCUCAAGUCGAUGUUGGCGGAGGACGGCUGGAGAUAACUACACCCGCGACGACGAACGACGACACCUCGCCGGCAGACCACCAGCACCAGCACAUGGACUCUUUUCAACUGGACCAGUACCCAGGAUUCAACGACCCGAACUUCGGACCGAUGCCGCUCAUCUUCCCGCUCAACAACAUGCUGGAGGAUGCCGGGCUGAGCCCAGAUAGCUGGCUCUUCGAUUACAAUAACAUGCAGCCCUAUCUAUAG